AUCUAUAUUUAGCAAACUUUGUAAGAAUAGGAUUAUUUUUAAAUAAACAACUUUUUAAUAAACAUAAAAAUUCCUAUUUUCAGAUUAAAAUGAAGAUUGUGAGAUUUAGUGAGCUAGGAAGGAAAGUUGUCGCUGUAGGAAGGAACUACGCCGACCAUGCAAAGGAAUUGGGGAACGCUGUUUCUACCACCAAACCUCUUCUUUUUAUGAAGCCGUCUAGUAGCUAUAUAACUGCCGGGCAAUCUAUCGAAAUACCACUGGGAUGCUCUGAACUACAUCAUGAAAUUGAACUAGGUGCUGUAAUUAGUAAGCAAAGCAAGAGAAUACAAGAGUCUGAAGCUAUGAACUUUAUUGGUAAAUUUAGGAAACCGGAGACUUUGAAGACAAUGUUUGAUACAAGUCUACCUGUGAGUGAAUUGAUACCAUUAAACAGAAUAUCAGAUCCGGGAAAUAUUAAUUUGUGGUGUAAGGUGAAUGGUGAACUACGUCAGAAUGGAUGUACUAAGGAUAUGAUAUUCUCUCUUCCUUUCCUAGUUAGCUAUAUAUCUCAAUACUUCACUCUUGAGGAGGGUGACCUGAUAUUAACUGGAACCCCAGCAGGUGUAGGGCCGGUCAAAUCUGGAGAUGUCAUCACAGGUGGUAUCCCAGAUGUGAUCGAAAUAUCAUUCCCAGUCAUCCAACGAACCUGAAACUAGUUUGCGCACUUUUUGCUAAAAUAAAUUUUAAUAAAACAAUUUGUAUGUGAACAAAUAAAUAAAUAGUUAAUUA